AUGGGAUUCCAGGGUUGGGAUGGGCAGGUCCAGAGCCGUCAGUGCAUUGAGGACGUCAUCAAAUUCGCCUUCGAGGAGAGGCUCUUCCUCAUGGCUGACAAGGUGUACCAGGACAACGUGUAUGCUGAGGGUUUGGCCUUCCACUCCUUCAGGAAGGUGCUGACAGAGAUGGGGCCGCCCUACCUGGACUCGGUGGAACUCACCUCCUUCCACUCCAUCUCCAAAGGCUUCACGGGCGACCCCUCAUGGCUCGGGGUGGACAGUGUAGACCUCGACCUCACAGAGAGUGAACUGCUCCUCCCGGCCCGGGAUGGUGACGGUGAUGGGUGCCCUAUUGCUACGCGCCUAUUGCUGCGCGCCGCCCUCCGCUCGCCCUGCGCCCCCCUGCGCCUGCUCUGCCGCGACUUCCACGCCGAGGAGCUCUCCGUCUCCACCGUCGUCUCCCUGCUGGACUCCCUGGAGCCUGCUGCCGUCCGCAGAGUUGUUUUACGCUUCAACAACCUGGGGCUGGCGGGGCUGUGCGAAGUGCUGCCUCACCUCGGCCGCUUCCCCGCGCUGCGCAGCCUCAAGCUGCCCUACAGCAACGUGGACGUGCGCCGCACGGCCCCCAGGCAUGGAGCCGGCAUCCGCUGCUUGGCCGCUCACCUCCGGGCCCUGCCUGCCCUCAAGGAACUCGAUUUGUACUCCUCCAGGCUUUCUGGGAGACUCAGGCAGCUCCUGGGCGAGCUGCAGACUCCCCUGGAGAGCCUGGCGCUGGCCUUCUGCUGCCUGCUCCCCUCCGACCUCAUCUUCCUGUUCUCGAGCCUCCACGCGCCCUCCCUGCUCCAGCUGGACCUGAGUGGCCACAACCUCACGUCCCCCAGCCUCCUGCAACCCUUGCGGACACUGCUGGAAGCCGCUUCGUGCUCGCUGCUGCAGCUGGAGCUGCUGGAGUGUCAGCUGGGGGACGCGGAGCUGGAGCUGCUGCUGCCGGCGCUGCGCCGCUGCCGCCGCCUGCGCUGCCUCGGUCUCCUCGGCACCCCCCUGAGCGCGGCGGCGCUGGGCGGCCUGGCCCGGCACUGCGCGGCCCUGCCCGACCUGCGCCUCGUGGGCUACUCGCAGCCGCCGCGGGGCUCCGGCCACCACACCCCCACGCAGGGGGAGGAGGGUUUCCCGGCGGAGCUGUGCCGGCUGCUGGCGAGCGCGGGUAGAGCAGACGCCGUGUGGACGACCAGCCUCCAGCGCUACAGAGCCAUCGACUACUUCAGCUUGUAGCAUCCCCCCCCCAGGGAAGCUUCACCUCGGGGCGCUGUGCCGGGCUCUGGGCUGUGCCACUCGGUUAUGGUGAGUUCAUUAAAGCCAACCCCACCUUGCCCGAUUAA